UUGUCAUACGGUAUAGCAUGUGUUCGUACAAGUGUUUCUAAAUAAAAUCUUCCUGAAAAUAACAAUUUGGCGGAAUAUUAAGAAAAUGUUGAAACCAAUUUUGAAUCAACUCGCAACAAAGCGAGUUGUACUUGCUAGUGGAUCACCGAGACGUCAGGAGCUGAUUCAAAAUAUUGGACUAUCCGCUGUCACUCUUUGUCCGUCAACGUUCGAAGAAAAUCUAAAUAAAUCGGACUAUACAUUCGGCGAGUACGUCGCCGAGACGGCCUACCAUAAGGUACUGGAAGUGUACAAUCGACUUUCCGUGAGCGAAGAUCCUUCCCAAAGACCAGACAUUGUGGUUGGUGCCGACACGAUGGUUACUAUGGAUGGGAAAAUGUACGGAAAACCGAAGACCCCAGAGGUCGCAUUCCAGAUGCUCAGUGAGUUGAUGGGCCGCCAGCAUAUCGUCUAUACGGGAGUGGUGAUCAAAUAUCACGACAAGGAGGUAAAGUUUACGGAAGCUUGCACCGUGAGCUUCGGUAAAGCCACACCAGAGCAGAUUCAAGCCUACGUGGACACUGGAGAACCGCUUGACAAAGCCGGCGGUUAUGGCAUUCAGGGUGCCGGAGGAACAUUCGUCGAGAAAAUUGACGGGGACUUUUUCACCGUGGUUGGAUUGCCGUUGUAUCGGAUAUCGGUUGAGUUGUGUAAGCUGUUCGGAUAUAAUGUUGAAUGAGGCUAUGCUGCGUCCAUUAAUUUGUUAAGUGAAAUAAAUACAUGACAAGGACAGA